UUCCGCACACUCAAAAGUUAAACCUUCAAGAAGUAAGAUGCAGCUUCUCCCUCUGCUUGUGAUGCUAGCUUUGGUCAUCUGCGCCGCUUGCAAGAACCACGAGGAAUGGCCAGGACACCGACCAGGGGACUACGAGCCAAGGCCUUACUCAAGACCAUUUUAAUCAUAAAGGAAUCAUUCUGAAAACCUGUAAAAAAUUAAUAAAUUGCUGGGUUUUUGUGUAA